CAGAGCUUCCCCGGUCCUCUGUGAGAGUGGAGCAAGGCACGCCAGCCCCUUAAAAAGUCAGGAGCUGAAUGGAAAGGAAAUCAGGCAGCCAGCGUGAGGCUCUGCUCCACGGUCAGAGGGCGAGGAUGGAGGUCAGCCCAGCAGCCCUCAAUAAAUGUCAGCGGAGGUAUUGACAUAACUAACCAAGCCUAUGCCCCACUUUGGCAAGCGUUCAAGGGAAUAUUGACAGGCGGCUCUCCUCUGCCACCCGGCAGAGCCAGGGGAGGUCAGAGCUCAGAGGACAACAGCUUCAGCCGUCCGCACCCAGCAUGAGCCAGAGGCCGGGGUCCUGGGCCAGAGGGCCUCCGGGAGUGGCUGAGGGGAAGCUAGAGGUCCUGGAGAAGUUCUUUCAGCCUCCUUGGGCCUGGGAACGGGCAUCCUCACGGAGCUCGUCUUCCUCCUCCCCGGGCUCCUCAGGCCACCCUCCCCAGCUGGGCAGGGGGCCGCUGAUCGGCGGCCGGGGCCCCGGGGAGAGGCUGAGGUUUUCCACCUUCCUCGAUGAGGUGACACGGAGGGUGCUGAGUCCUGCCCAGCUCCGGGCUCUGGGAUGGAGGGGUGCCCUGGACCCACUCAGACACUCUCCUCCCCCAGGAAGCCAGCUGGUGUUUCCCGAGGACCGGCUCUCUGAGAUGCAGACACAGCCACGUUCGCCGGAGCCCCGAGGGGGCUCCUUGGACACAGGAUCUACAGGGGAAGAUGGAGAUGGGGACCCCAAGUUCAACCUGGGGCAGGUGUGGGAGAAGCUGAUGACCUUGAAGGAACAGUUCCUGAGGCUGCAGGAGGACCUAGCCAGCACCCACAGGGCCCACCAAGUCCUGGAGGAGAAGCUGCAAAGCCUGAUGUCCAGGUUGGCCUCCAGCCCCCCAGGACCCCCUGUGUUCCUUCUCCUGAACGAGGCUCCCAGCUGCUCCCUGGACUCCGCCAUGCCCUGGGCGAGCCCAGAGCUGAGGGAGGGGGGUAGUGUGGGGGUUCUGGGUGCAACCCCAUGAGAGGACUGCACCCCAGGCUCCCCUGCCCCACCCUUCUUAAUGUCAGCAAUAAAGCCCUAGCC